AUGGCCUCGCUGUCGCCCGGUGCCACUCUUGGCCUGGGAAUCGUCGUCGGCCUCAUAUCGACAUGCGUCCAGUCUGUCGGCCUUACCUUGCAGCGCAAGUCACACAUGCUCGAGGAUGAAAAGGACCAGCACCUCCCCCGCCGCGCCCCAUACCGCCGCCGACGAUGGCAACUCGGCAUGUUGCUCUUCCUCCUCAGUAAUAUCGUCGGCUCCUCGAUUCAGAUCACAACUCUGCCUCUACCAUUGCUUAGUACCCUACAAGCCUCGGGUCUCGUCUUCAACGCCCUAAUGGCUACACUACUCCUCCAUGAGCCUUUUACUCGUCGUACUGCUCUGGGUACCCUUCUUGUCGCCGCUGGUGCUGUUUUAAUAUCGCGUUUCUCCGCUCUCCCCGAACCCUCACACUCCCUCGAUCAACUCUUGAAACUGCUGGUCUAUCCGAACUUCGUUGUCUGGAUGACCCUGACCCUAUUUCUGGUCGUUGCAAUCUUGCUUGCCGAUUCCACUACCUCCUUCUUCAUGACUGCCCAGCAAAUACAAAGACCACGCUUCAGGUUACUGCGUGGUAUGGCAUACGGCCUUGUAUCCGGCGUCUUGUCUGCCCACGCUUUGCUCUUGGCCAAAAGCGCUGUAGAGCUUCUCGUGCGUACCAUUGUCGACCACAAGAACCAGUUCGAUCGAUAUCAGUCUUGGGUCCUGUUGCUGCUUUUCCUUCUAUUUGCCCUCACCCAGCUCUAUUACCUCCACUUGGGUCUCAAACUGGUCAGCACGAGCAUUCUGUAUCCUUUCGUCUUUUGCGUCUACAACAUUAUCGCAAUACUCGACGGUCUUAUAUACUUCCGCCAAGCCGAUCAACUAUCAGCUUUGUAUGCUGGUCUCAUAGCUCUGGGGACGGUUGUGUUGUUGGCAGGUGUGCUGGCGCUCAGCUGGCGACUUAGCGAAGAAGACGCUGCCGCUGUACCCGUAGGAGCCGAGAUUCCUCACUCUGCUUUGGCACCUGGUAUGGGCUUCGUGGACGAACAUGAACACGAAGACGACGGCCGACGCUCUUCAGAGACUGCACCGUUGAUGCGAAGGCAUACAUUACGUGACUCUGCUUUGCUGAUUGGCCAGAGACGCAGACGAGGCAGUAAUGCCCGUGAAGUGGAAGACAUUUGGGAUGAAUUGGGCGACGAGGAACAUUAUUAUGGCACUGUGCCUCGCCGUGAAUCUCUAGGCUCUGAGCCCGAGACUGCCCCGUUACUCGACAAUCGACGGCCGGGGCCUCCUAAAAUGUCGAGGUCCAUAACCGACCCUCCGAAUCAUGCGCACUUCAGAAGUCGCUCAGAACCGCUCAAACUCGACGUAGCGGCGUACAGACACGAAAGCAUAUCCAAGCAGCUUGUGGAUUGGUGGCGUUCACGAUGGAGAGGCCAGGAGCGAGACGAAGAUAAUCAUGAAGAAAGCCGGCAUGCUACAUAG